CUUGCCAGCCCCCUGUUCUUCUUGCAUUCCUCUGCUUUUCUUUUGCAAAUUCUAAGCCCUUUUCAUUACUCCGGCGAUCGGUGAUCGUUACUCCAGGAGCGCACACGCUGUAGCUGUUCACUGAUAGCGCGGUAAGUGAGCUAGCUGCCAUGUCGGGGAUCUCGCUGGCCGUCGGGCCGCGGUUUGGCUCGGACAACAACGCGGCGGAUCGGCAGCCGCCGGCGACGAUGCUCGGGGGUGUCAUGGGGUCGCUCCGCGUCAUCGAGCUCCAGCUCGUCGCCUUCAUCAUGGUCUUCUCCAUGUCCGGCCUCGUCCCGCUCAUCGACCUCGCCUUCCCGGUCUUCACCACGCUCUACCUCCUCGUCCUCUCCCGCCUCGCCUUCCCUUCGCUCCACCACAAGCUCGACGACGACGCCGCCGCCACCCACUCCGCCGCGUCCCAGGAGAUCUUCCGCGGCAGCACGCUGUUCCAGGUGUACGUGGUGAUUGGCACCACGGUGGGCCUGUUCCUGCCGCUGGCGCACGUCCUGGGCGGGUUUGCGCGCGGCGACGACGCCGCCGUGCGGUCCGCGACGCCGCACCUGUUCCUGCUCUCCUGCCAGAUCCUGACGGAGAACAUCAUCGGCUCGCUCGGCGUCUUCUCGCCGCCGCUGAGGGCGCUGGUGCCGCUGCUCUACACCGUGCGCCGCGUCUUCGUCAUCGUCGACUGGGUCUACGACGUGUGGACCAACAAGCUCGUCACCCGCACCGCCCCCGUGCAGGACAAGGCGUGGGUCUGGUUCGGGAGGUACCUCGCCGUGGCGAACCUCGUCUACUUCUCCAUCAACCUCUUCGUCUUCCUCAUCCCCAAAUUCCUGCCCCGUGCCUUCGAGACCUACUUCCACACACGCGACGAGGUCUACGCCAAGACGGCGGAGGACAAGCGUUCGAGGGAUAUGUCGUCCGUGGACGAUGACGGCGCCGCCAAAUCGAACGUCUCCAAGAAGGCCGACUGAGAUCGUGAUCGUGCUCACCAGUUGUUCGGUGUUGAGCUGCGUUAUUGCUAGUGUGCUUGCUCUGUAGAUGCAAGACUGCGUUGGGAAGAUGUGCCUGUGUGGCCGCGUGUUAUGGCCAUCCACACAUGGACUGGGGGUGUUGUACAUUUCGGUCUGUACUUCUGAACUUUCGUAGAGUAUUAUUGUUAUUUGCUUACACAAAUGGUCAGAUUCUGCUUUUGCUGGU